AUUGUAAGUUAGGCCUCGGUUGCCUUGUACUGCUGUAUGGGAGCUAUCGGUACAAGGUAAGGUCUCUCGCCCAAAGUAAUUCAUUAGCUCUAUGAAACCAGAUUUAAUCCUAAUAUUUCAGACAGAAUUGUUGCAUCACGAACUUCUAUUAGGCUCAGGGAAACCCGGUGGUAGCACUCUGGAGUUCUGGAGGGCUCCCAGAAGCUCCUCUGCCUCGGGGUUACUCGAAGAAGGGAGCGGUGAAGUUCACGGAUGGAUCAAAACUUUGAGAGAGGGUUGUGGAGGUUUCUUCUGUUGGAAACUCUCUACCAAAACUAUGUUCAGGCUUCUGGACUUCUGCAGUGUCUUCCAGAUGGAAAAAGCUGUCAUCAAGGAAGCGUUAACUCACUGCUAAAGGGUGUGACGGUGCGCUCGAAAUAGGUAGGGGAAAGUCUGACCUUUCUAUAAAUCGCGUCGGAGUACUUCCUAAAAAGGAAAGUUUAGGUGCCGGAUCACUGUGAUAUCGCGGGAAACGGCGUGUCUGAUGACCUGACAUUGGAAAGGCACCCUUAAAACGUUUACGCCAGAUAAGGAGCAACUAGGGACGCCUCUGUCCUCCUGCGGUACACUCUUAAAGGGUUGGGCCUAGUGGCUUGUAUUAGAUGUCAAGAGGAAGAUAAGGUGGAAUCAUAGCCACACUUUAUUUUAGACUGUCAAAACUUCGCGAGACUAAGAUGAAAGGAAUUUGGCUCACACUUCUUACUAACACUGAGCUCUCAGGGAUCGAAAUUAGCCGCAUUCGAAAUUUGGUAAUGGGCUCGCAGCGUUUCGCCGACUACAUUAAGGGUAUCCGUUCAGUUUUUUUGUGGUAUCACAAAGGACAAAUCCUUAAUGUCCAAGUGUGUCCCUUGCCUGGGGCAACCACUUUAACCAAACCCAACCUAACCUGUACUUAUUGGAGCUAUGAAAUAGUUGGUCACAUUAGUCAUACCCAAACUAUGAAGAUUACAUAAGCAAAACGACCUUCGCCGUCCAACAAUUUUGUUAACCUGCGAAGUUGUUUUGAAGACCCCUACCGUACAUUCCUAUUUUCCAUUAUUUACCGAACUCUGUUAGUAAUUAAUUUUUUCUAAAGAAAUGCAGAAAUAUUCCGACAAAUCUUUUAUCGUUGCUCACAUUUCAAUUCAAGUUUCAAAUUUAUGUGAGAUUAAUUUUUAUUUUGCAUUAUAAUACAUACAAAUAUUUAGCCUGUUGUCAGAGUAACAAACAAACAAACCAACGUGGCGCAACUCGUUUUUUCGCCAUUACAGGGGAAAGUUAUUCUAAAGCAACAUUUUUACGCGUUAAUUUCUUGAUAAACACGAAAUGUCAACAAAAGAUUACUUAAAUCGUAUUUUAAUACUAUUUCUGGACGAUUGCAAAGAUCACGAUUUGGAGGUGAAUCCAAAUUUUGCAUAUUUUUACGUGCAUUUGUUGGCAAGAGAUGCGCGACUCGGUUUCGACAGGCCGGAUCCGAAACCUUGCAAAAUUCUGCAAAUUCGAGAAAAUAUAUUUCGAUUAUAUAAAAAUCAAAAUGAUCCAACAAUGUGUAAUCUAAAAAUGAAGUUUCACUUUCGAAAUUUUCGCGAAUUGAAAAUUGAGAAUAUGAAAGAAAUUUAUCAGGAAAACUUCCAGAAAAAACUGCAUAGCCUCAUUAAAGGUAUACUACAAUAUCCGGAAACGAGCAGUGACAAGCAACUUGAUGAAAUGUUAUACAAAAUACAAGUCUUCAUUAUUGCUUGUUACAAUAUUGGUGAUCCGAAAAAUCACGUGCUCUUGAAACAGACGCGGCAGAGUCUUAAAAGCGUACUUAGCCGCGGGGAUUUGCAAAAUUUCGUAUUGAAGAAACGUUACCAUCGUUUGGAAUAUCUACAGCGUUUAACUGCUACUGUUUGCGGUAUACUCAUUUAUAAUAACUGUGAUCCGAAUGGGGAGCGGGAAAAUAUGCGAGAUAUCCUAAAGGAUAUUCAAAUGGCAAAAACAAACACCAGAGAAUCCCUUGAAGCAGCUCUAGAAGACAUUGCUCAAUAUAUAGAAACUGGCAUGGAAGCUAUCGGUGAGCUUAUCAAAGUGGACACAAAAGCGAAGAAAGUGCAUUGCAAGUGGCCCAUAGAAAAAGUGCGGGAAAUUAAUAAAUAUGUCGCCUUGUUCAGUACCUAUGAAAAACUGCUGAAGAAAAUAGUCGUCUCUUUCGACAAAACAGAGUUUCUUGUAAGUCUUGAUCAAAAGAAAAUGGACUGCAUAGUGGAGAAGAUAAAUGAUGUUCUAAAAUAUCGCACGGCAAUCGAAUCUGAGUUGGUCUUUCCACAUUUCAAAUACCUUACAGAACUUUGGACCUCCUUGCAAUUAUCACUUAGCCAUUUGGCUGAACUGAAUAAGCUUAAAGACUUACUUGACGAGUGCUUAACUGAGGAAGUUAAGGCAAACUUUUUACAUCUUUUGGAAUUAACCGAAGUGCGGCGACAAAUCAUCAAAAAAGCAAUUGUACCCACUUUCGAUGAGUUAAUGGAACGCACCAACAAGGCAAAUCCUGCAAUGACGUCGCUGCAAAACGUGACAGAUAAUUUUCAAAAUUAUUGCGCGCUAACAAUCGCACUAACAAACGGUUUACUACUGCCCGCAGCUCUACAAAAGAAGCUUUGUGAAGACUCGAAAUUUCGCUUCGGUUUUGCUAAUAUUGCAUUCGCAAAGUAUGCCGAGCGUUAUUUCGAAGAUUUCAUAAAAAUAGUAAAAACGGCCAUCUACACUUCUGUUGAUCUCAUUUUGCUUUUUGGCUUGGUUGAUGAACUUUUGGAAACUGACUUUGCUGCCGAAAGUAAAAAGCGUAAGGGCAAGUUAGCAGAAAGUGGCACACAAACCGAAAUGGUAGUUGUCAACGAUCUAACACCCGCAAAUCAUAUUAAUGUUACCUGGAAUAAAUGGGACUUUCAUCGUGAAACUAUACAUUUGGCCUAUAUACGCAAGCUGCAGACACGUUCACAACAGACUGCACUCUCGUUUGGCACAAUGAAUGCGCAAAACGAGUGCCUACCGUUCGGACAUAGAGCAUCGUAGAGUAGCUUUAUUGUGGAUAGUUUUCAAUUUAAAAAUCU